CCUCCCCCCACCCCCGUCCCCUUUUCUCCUCGAGUCAGCAUGAGCUCCUCCGCUUCGCGAUCCAACUCGAGCUCGCCACCCACCAGCCCGAAGAAUGGCAACGGGCGUCACAAGGCCGUGUUCGCGGCCGGCCGGCCGCCCUGGUACACCCGCGACGGCGCGGUCAAGGAUGCUUUCAUGAUCUCGUGCGCCGGUGGCAGUGCCUCCGGCAAGACCACCGUGGCGCAGGCCAUCAUCAGCCGGCUGAAUGUUCCCUGGGUGGCGGUUAUCUCGAUGGAUUCCUUCUACCGGAACCUCACGCCGGAGCAAAUCGCCGCGGCCAACCGCAACGAUCACGACUUCGAUUGCCCGGAGGCCUUCGAUAUCGAUCUGGUGUACGAAAGUCUGAAGAAGAUCAAGAAGGGCCAGCCGGUGGACAUCCCGGUCUAUGACUUCACCACGCACUCCCGCCGCCCCGAGAAGCAGGUCAUCUACGGCGCCAAUGUCGUGGUCUUCGAGGGCAUCUUCGGCCUGUACGACGAGCGCAUCAACGAGCUGAUGGACCUGCGCAUCUUUGUCGACACGGAUGACGAUGUGCGCCUGGCCCGGCGCCUGAAGCGUGACAUCUCCGAGCGCGGGCGCGACAUCAACGGCGUCAUCGAGCAGUACAACCGCUUCGUCAAGCCGUCGUACGACAACUACAUCCGGCCGGCCAUCAAGAAUGCGCAUGUCAUCAUCCCGCGCGGCGGGGACAACUACAUCGCCAUCGACCUGAUCGCCAAGCACAUCCAGCACCAGCUGGAAACCCGGGGGUUCAACUUCCGCCAGGAGCUGGGCCGGAUCUCCCCCUGCAGCAAGCUGCCGGACACCAUCAAGGUCAUGGAGAGCCGGCCCCAGCUGCGGGCCAUGCACACGCUCAUCCGCAACCGGGACACCCCGCGGGAUGAUUUUGUUUUCUACUCCGAGCGCCUGUUCCGGCUGCUGAUUGAGGAGGCCCUGUCGCAUCUGCCCUUCACCCCGUGUGACAUUGUCACCCCGACCGGCGGCACGUACCAUGGUGUGCACUCGGUCAGCAACAUCUCGGCCGUGUCGAUUGUCCGCGCCGGGACCACCAUCGAGCCGGCGGCGCAGGCCGUGCUGAAGGACGUCAAGAUCGGCAAGAUCCUCAUCCAGUCGGACAUCUACACCAAUGAGCCGCAGCUGCACUUCUGCAGCCUGCCGCGGUCCAUCGCCUCCAGCCAGGUUCUGCUGAUGGAUGCCACCAUUGCCACCGGCGCCGCGGCGCUCAUGGCCAUUCGUGUGUUGCUGGAUCACAAUGUCCCGGAGGAGAACAUCAUCUUCGUGUCGCUGAUCGCCGCGCCGCAUGGGCUGCACACCAUCGCCGCCGCGCACCCGAAGGUGACGGUCGUCGUGUCCGAGGUCGAUGAGACCCUCAAUGAGGCGUACCACAUCAUCCCGGGUGUGGGGAACUUUGGCGACCGUUUCUUCGGCACCGACUAGGCACCCGUGCGCAUGGGGGUCUUUGUGUGUGUGUGUGUGUGUGUGUGCAUGCGUGCGGCGCGCGGCGCACAUUGGCAUGAGGUGCUGUCGGAGGGGGGCCUAGGGGGGCGGGGUGACACGAUGGUGGCACCGCGCGGAGCAGCCGCCCGAGGACGGGCACAUGCCAUGCGUUUGCCUCUCACAUCCCCUCCCUUGGUGUGUGUGUAUGUGCGUGCUGGGCCAGGCGUCGAAUGCACAUACAUGCAUGCCCAUUCUUCUGGUCUUCCCUCUUCUCGGUGGUCUUUCCCCGCAGCCUGAUUGCGCGGGGGAAGAGAGGGGGGGCGAGGGGGAGUGGGCGACGCCUCUCCCGCCGCGUCCCCCAUCUUGUCCCGAAUGGCUGCUGCCGCUGCCAAGGGGGCGGGGGGGGGGGGG